AUGGCAGGGCUAUCAGUCUAUAGAAAACACAACCUUCUUUAUACGCAGGAGCGUAUCGAAUGCUACGGGCCCGGUGGCUACCAUCCGGUCUGUCUAGGCGACUCUUUCAACAACGAUCGCUACAAGGUAUACCACAAGCUAGGCUGGGGAGGCUUUUCCACCGUCUGGCUUGCUAAUGACACAAGGCGAGUUCGAGUGCCGCGGGAUUCCGUUGUCGGUGCAUCGCGAGAACUGCAUAAUCUACAGCUACUAACAGCGCGCUCCGAAGAAAACGCGAUUUCACAACGCAUUGCUCUAGUGCUCGACUCUUUCGUUCAUGAGGGCCCGAACGGGGCCCAUCAGUGUCUUGUAUUCGACCUCCUUGGGCCAUCGCUUGGCGACGUAAUUAGCUGCUACGAAUACGAGGGAGAGACCCUUGAGCCGGAUGUUAUUUUGCGGAUCUGCGGGCAGCUUAUCGAGGCUCUCAGGGUCCUGCAUGAGGCUGACAUGGUCCACGGAGAUAUCAACGUUAGGAACAUCGCGUUUCAGUGUACCGAUCUCUCAAAUGCCAGCACGGAGAAGAUUCUCCAGGUCCUCGGUGAGCCCAAGUGCGAAGAGCUGGCUCGCCUUGAUGGCAAGCCGCUCGAUCCUGGCCUCCCGAAGCAAAUCGUAGAGGCCGCACGUUGGAGGAAAUGGUUUGACGAAGACGAGGAGGACAUUUGCAUCAUUGACCUUGGAGAGGCUUUUGUCCAAGGAGAAGAGCCGAAGAAGCUGGCGCAACCGAGAGACCUGAGGGUGCCGGAGACGUUUUUCACAGGGAGAUUCGACCACAAAGUCGACUCAUGGGCUGCGGGCUGCGUGAUGAACUGCUUGGUGUUCGGUGCAUACCCCUUUGGCUGUCCCGGGGACGAUGCCAUCUUGGUGGGAGAGAUGAUCGGCUUCGUGGACGAACUGCCAGAGAAAUGGCAGCAAAAGUGGGAUGAGAUGCGCCAGGCCUCCCAGUUCCGAGUUGGACUGAACGAGCUGGAAGGGGUGCAGAAGGGCGAGUUGGAAAAGAGGUUCAAGGAGCAUGUAGAUGAUGCAAAGCUUGCCAUUCUUCUCCCGGUUAUUCAAGGGCUCAUGAGACUGGAUCCAUCAGAGCGUUUGAGCGCAUCUGAGGCUCUCGACCUUUUGAGAUCAAAGAAGGCAGCGAGUUGUAACAUGCAAGCGUGA